AUGGAAUACAGAAGUAAAGAACUGCUUCAAAAACACGGCUUGCGAGUGCAAAAUUUCAUCGUCGUGGAAUCUGUCGACGAGGCUCUGCAUUCGCUUCAUAAAAUUAAAGCUGAUGAGUACGUGGUCAAGGCGCAGGUAUUGGCCGGUGGACGUGAAAAGGGUAAAUUCACGAGUGGUCUCAUUGGCGGUGUAAAGCUGACAAGAAGCUCCAAGGAUGUCAUAUCCUACGUACGGGACAUGAUUGGCUAUUCGCUAAUUACCAAACAGACGGGACCGCAAGGCGUAUUGGUUAAAAAGGUUAUGAUCGCCGAGUCGGUGAAUAUAUCAAAAGAAACGUAUUUGGCAGUACUUCUCGAUAAGGAGUCUUCAAGUCCUGUUGUUAUGGGUUGUGCAUCUGGUGGCGUGGACAUCGAAGAAAUUGCAGUCAGAUCGCCGGGUUCAAUAUUCAAAGAGAUUAUCAACAUCGACAAAGGUAUAUUACCAGAGCAGUGUCUUAAAAUUGCUUCCUCCUUGAGACUGGGUGAUGAGUUCUUGCAGGAAGCAGCUGUUCAAAUUCAACGACUGUACGACAUGUUUGUGAAGCUCGACGCUACCAUGAUCGAAAUCAACCCUUUCUGUACGUCUUUGGAUAACAAACGUGAGUAA